AUGAAUGAGAUAAUUAGUACACCAUCAUAUGAUCAGUCAUUACCACAAUAUAUAUAUUCAAAGAUCUUGUAUUUUUGUUAUUUGGAUACGGCAACCAAUAAUAAUUGGAAGAGAUCAUUAUGUUUGGUGUGCAAGUCAUUCUUCAAACGUGUAAGCUCAGUGUUGGUCACUGAUAUCAGCACCAAGACACUGGCAAAUCCAGACUUUAGACAGCACUACAACAAUCAUCUCUCGCCUCUAAAGACAUUCACAAGUCUAUUAUGUGGUAUUAAUCGUCUGACUGACCUGCUCAAUAUCGAUCCCCAGCUCAUUGCCGAUCUCUUUGCACAACAAACCAUCACUAAACUUAUUCUCCGUCGUUUGGGCAAUGUCAACAACAACAACAACAACAACAACAAUAGUGUCUCAGACCAAGAGCGCGAGAGUACACUUGCUACAUUGUUUAGUGGACUCACUAAUGGACCCUUGGAGAAGAUCUAUCUGGAUCUACCCAACAAUGAUGUCCCCGACUACUUGAGCGUGAUGAGAGGCUUUACAUUCCAGUAUCUCUCCAUUUUGAGCAUAAUAUUCUCACAAGAUAUACAUGGACAUGAUACGAUACUCUCGCUCUUGGAAUCGGUCGCACCAACCAUGCGCAAGAUCCAAUUUAUCUCAAGAGAUGAUGAGAGUGCUACAAUAACAUUGGAGCCAUCACAUCGCCUUAUGACCACCAAUUUCUUUGAACAAUUGUUUGGACACCUGUCAAAGAGUCGUCUGAGAUCGCUACACAUAAGAUCACUCUAUGUUGGAGACUUACAACCAUUCCUGCGCGGACUCUCAUUGAUGAAGCAUCUGACCACGCUCAAAAUACCUUUGCCAAGCAACUUCUACCAGUUGCCAGAGAUACGUGAGUUCCAUGCGGGACUCCUCGAGUUCAUAAAGUCGAGCAACAUAUCAAUCAUGAGCAUACCAUUCUCGAUCGAAUCCACCAUGCUCAAAGCCCUCUCUGACAAUCCAAACAUAACAACACUGCGAGUGAUGCUCGGAGGCAGUGCCAAGCUCUCGGACAGAUUGCAGCGACUAACACUUCGUGAAGAUAUAACACCAUCAGUGUUCAGCUCAUUGAUGUCGAUGAAUCCCGCUACCAAUAUAGUGCGUCUCAUCCUGCUGAACCAUCGACGCUACAUCACCAAAGACAACUUUGAUCAGUUCCUCAGCUUCGUCAAGUCCAACAAGAACCUGACCAGACUGUAUCUCUGCGACUACCUAUACCUGAGCGACAAACAAAAGGAGACGAUCAUUCCGUUGUUGAUCCGGGACACAAGGAUACAGACACUAAUGAUAAGCCUAUCCGAUGACAUGAUGCCCACCAACUAUAUCCAAGAGAAAUACAGACGCACAAAGAAAGAGUUUGAAUACUUGCAAUUCCUGCUCAAUCAACUUGUGCUCUACCCUCAGUCUACGGUGGACGGGCUAUACCUGGAUGUCACCAACUCCAAGGCACUCCAGAAGCACAUGGUCGCCAAGCAAGUGGACACUGGCGAUUUCAAAGUAUCACAAAGUUUAGGAUGGAUACUCCACUUUAUCAGGAUAAAAUAG